UUUAAACAGUUUCAUUAAGUAAACUAUAUUUUAAAUUAACUCAAACAAAAUGUUCAAAUUUGCCGUUGUUAUCUUCGCCGUCAUUGCCUGUGUUGCUGCCAAACCUGGUUUUAUUGGUGCUCCUUUGGCUUACACCGCUCCCGCUGCCGUAGUUGCUGCCCCAGCUCCCGUAGUAACUGCCACCAGUAGUCAAGUUAUUGCCCGCAACUAUAAUGGUAUUGCUACUGCUCCUAUUGUAGCUCCUGUAGCUACUCCCGUUGUUGCCAAAUAUGCUGCUGCCUACACACAUCCUUUUACUUACUCUGCACCCGUUGUAGCUAAAUAUGCUGCUGCUGCUCCUUUAGAUUACUCCGCCCCUGUUGUUGCCAAAUACGCCGCUGCUGCUCCUUUGGCUUACUCUUCUCCAGUUGUUGCUAAAUACGCCGCCGCUUAUUCUCAUCCUUUGGCCUACUCAGCUCCUUUGACUUAUGCUGCUGCCCCAGCUUUGUUUCGUCAACAGUUAAAGCAUCUUAGAACAAAACUGGAGCAGCAGCAGCAUAAUGCAAAGGAGCUGUGUAAGCCAAAGGAGCAGCAGCAUAAGCAGCAGGAGCUACAACAGGAGCAGCGAAAAAUGUUCAAAUUUGCCGUUGUUAUCUUCGCUUUGAUUGCCUGUGCUGCUGCUAAACCCGGUCUUGUAGCUCCUUUGGCUUACACCGCUCCCGCCGCUGUAGUAGCUGCUCCCGCUGGUGUUGUUACUGCUACCAGCAGCCAAUUCGUUGCCCGCAAUCACAAUGGUAUUGUUUCUACUCCCGUUGUUGCUCCUGUAGCUGCUCCUGUAGUUGCUAAGACUUUUGCCGCCCCCGUUGUUGCUCCUGCUGCCUAUGCCGCUGCUCCUUUUGCUUACUCUGCACCUUUGACUUAUGCUGCUGCUCCAGCUCCAGUUGUGUUUUAAGCAUUUAACAACGGUUAAUUAUGGAUUUGAAUAUGAAGUGAGUGGAAUAAAGAAUGAAAAAAUAAUUAUUUAUU